AUGGUUUUACAUCACCCCGAGAAGACAGCAUGUCACGAUCGAAAGAGGAGACAAGAAGUGGAGUUUGAGCACAUACGUCGUACGUAUAACAUCCGAAAGGCAGUCGUAGUGCAAUGCCGUGUUCAACGAUCGAGAGUCUUGGAACGGAAUGUUGUCGGAAUUUUACCACUCUCUGGUAAAAGUCUUCAGGAUUGCUUGAGUCUUCAGUCCGUGCCAAAGGAAUGUGUCCGUUACAGAUGGUCUGUACUUUUCCACAUGAAGUUUGACCUCACUCCUAUACCAGACGAUGUCUUGAUGCCAUCAUCAGGUGAGAAAUUCCAGUUUGUCUAUGGAGACUCUCGAAAGAGUGGAAGGAUCAUUGCAACGAGUGAACCAUUCAAAUUUGGAUUAGAAGACGACCUGACCGAGCUUGGUGGUGGAUCGAAACUUAAGAAGGAAGACUCACUUCUUACUCCGUACUUGGAACUUCAGUUAAAUUCCAAUUGGAGCAAUAACAAUGCAGCAGGCUCCGGGGAUGAAGACAACGAAGAUGGCAAAGAGGUUGACGUCGGUCUGGGCGACUCGAGUGGUAGCGACAAAGAAGACGGCGAUGGUAAUUGCCUGUCGCUACCAACAAUUGACGAGGAAACACUAGCUGCUAUACCAUAUACUGAAAACACUACUGCUCCUGCAACAGAGGAGGGUUCCAAUCUGGUGGCUAGCGCAGAGGACGAGUACGUAUUCGUUGCUGCAGAGGACAUGACUCGCCAAUGUUUGUCAGAUGAUGUUAGCGAUCAAAAUAGUUUUGAAACUGAGAACGUAAGAGAUAUCAAGAUUGAUGGAAAGGUGUGCCACUGUACUUUUAAGGAAAAUAGCAAUCGCAUUAUGCAUAAUUUUAUUUUCUCUGAAUAAUAUUUUCAGUUACAAAAUAAAGUACUCAGGCCUACUACUCCAGUAGGUGUAGGCCAGGUGGAUCUUUGGACCAGA